GGAGGAAGAGCAGAGCCCGGUCCAGCCCCAGCCCCGAGCCGCUGCCUGCUGCUCUUCGCCGGCCGCAGGCUCCCACGUGUGGUACAUCAAAAGAUUUAGUGUCAAGUAUUUAACCUGGGUGGGCUGCACUCACUCUUCUGUAGGAAUUUGAAAACGAUGGAACAGACCAUGAUGGAGUGGAGAAAUAUGGAUUUUGCCAAUGAAUCCUGUGUCCUGUAAUGGGUUCAUCCAAGGAAGUGAGGCUCAAGCUUAUGGAAAGGAGUUUGAGACUUGCAAAGUAAUAAUUAAAAAAGCCUCAUGUCAAAAACACCUGUCAGCACCAAUGCAAGUUGAUCUGGAGCUUCAUGCUUGGUGCUGAUGAUGAAUUGCCUGUGGUUUUGGGGAGGCUAAUUCUUGCCUUUGAUUGCAUUGGGAAUCUGAAGCUGCUGCUCAUGAGAUGUAAAACCAGAGAACGUGGGUUACUCGGUGUGCCUGAAGAUCACAGAGGCAGCAGCCAAAGGACAAAACUUCUCUUUGAAGCAGUGGCUUCAGCUGUGUCACUGUGUGCACUGGGAACUGAGAGAAACGGCAGAAAUAGCAGCCAGCCUGGGAGAAGAUGCCAGCUAAAGGGAAAUACUUCUUCAACGAGGGCGAUGAGGGCAGGAUCUCAGACCCACUCUAUGAGAAGUACCGCUACACCAGCCAGCAGCAUCCCCUCCUGCUGCUGCUGCUCUUCAUUGCCAUCCUCUUCUGGGCUACUCUGAUCAUCAUCUUCUUUGUUACUGCUGAGGCUGGCUCCCACCUGCCGUUCCUGGUGGCGGUGUGCGCGGCGCUGGCGGUGUUUGCGCUCACGUACCUGCUGCUGUGCAUGGAGUCCCUGCUCCGCCGCUGCCUGGCGCUCUUCGGCCUCGUGGCCUGGCUCUGCUUCCUCACCGUGGGAUACGUUUCCCUCUUUGAAACAGGGAGUGACUGCCAGCUGUGGGAGCAGGUGCCAUUCUUUCUCUUCAUAAUCUUCACAGUUUAUACCAUGCUACCUUUUGGGAUGAGAGGUGCUGUUAUAAUUAGUGUUGUUUCUGCUGUCUCCCAUAUUGUUGUUUUAACUGUGGUAAGUGUAACAUCUGAAGGAAAUAAGGAACGCGUUCCAUUUCAGCUCCUUGCCAAUGCUGUAAUUUUCCUUUGUGGCAACUUGAUGGGUGCAUUUCACAAACGCCAAAUGCAGGUUGCUUCAUGGGAUCUGUACAGAUACACCUUAAAGUGCAUCCAGGUCCGAAUGAAACUGAAGAUUGAAAAGAGGCAGCAAGAAAAUUUGCUUUUAUCCAUCCUGCCUGCUCAUAUCUCUAUGGAAAUGAAGCUGGCAAUCAUUGAGCGACUGAAGGAAACUAAUGAUAACAGGCAGAUGCAUGACAACAACUUCCACAGCCUAUAUGUAAAAAGGCACCAAAAUGUUAGCAUUCUUUAUGCAGACAUUGUAGGAUUCACUCGCCUUGCCAGUGACUGCUCUCCUAAGGAACUCGUAGUGAUGCUGAAUGAACUCUUUGGAAAGUUUGAUCAGAUUGCAAAGGAGAAUGAAUGCAUGAGAAUAAAAAUCCUGGGCGACUGUUACUACUGUGUGUCAGGCCUGCCUGUGUCCUUACCCGUUCAUGCCAGGAACUGUGUUAAAAUGGGGCUCGACAUGUGUGAAGCAAUAAAGCAGGUGAGAGAAGCCACGGGCGUGGACAUCAACAUGAGGGUCGGGAUCCACUCCGGGAACGUGCUGUGCGGGGUCAUCGGCCUCAGGAAGUGGCAGUACGACGUGUGGUCGCACGACGUGUCCCUGGCCAACCGCAUGGAGUCUGCCGGAGUGCCGGGCCGUGUGCACAUCACUGAAGCAACGUUAAAUCACCUAGGCAAGGCUUAUGAAGUAGAAGAAGGGAAUGGACACCUGAGGGACCCUUACCUUGAAUCCAUGAAUAUCAAAACCUACUUAGUGGUUGAUCCAAGGUCCAAGCAGUGCCUCUCAAACAGCCACGUCCCCAAGGCGCGGGUGAACGACGGGCUGAAGAUGCGCGCCUCGGUGCGGAUGACGCGCUACCUGGAGUCCUGGGGGGCGGCGCGGCCCUUCGCGCACCUGAGCCACCGCGACAGCGUCAGCAGCGACUGCUCGGGCUCGCAGGGCCGCCGCAGGAAGGAAAUACCUUUGUCUUCUACUGGGCGCCAGAGAACUUCUGAUAGAAAUUCAUCUCAGAAGGGAAGGAUAGAGGAAGAUAUUUAUGAUGAAAUGAUGUCAACCAUUGAAGGCCUCAGCUCAACUACUCCCUGGUGUGGCAGGUCAGAUGACUUCUGUGGAUUCUCACUGAUCUUUGCAGAACCUGGUCUUGAAAAAGAGUACCGCACCAUUCCUAUUCUGAAACUCAAGAGUUACUUUGUGUGUGCCAGUUUUGUGUUCCUCUGUAUAUUUGUGAUCCAGAUGCUUAUCAUGCCAAAAACUGCAGAACUGGGAAUUUCCUUUGGAGUCGUUGCCAUCAUCAUUGCACUUAUUUUGUUUGUGUGCUUUGCUGAGAAAUGUCUGAAGUGCUGCUCAGACCAGUGGCCUCCCCUGCGCCAUCUGUGUGCUGUCUCAGAAAAGGUGGAAACAAUGCCUUUGCUUAGGCUGCCUCUAGCAGUCAUCACUAUAGCUGCCUUGCUGAUUAUAGCCAUUUUUAACUUGACUUCCGAAAAGAACAAGCCUGCCAACUUUACUGGAUCAAAUGACCUGAAUGCUACCAACUGUGCUUUUGAAAACACAACUCAUUCCUGCAUAGAGGAAACUUAUUAUGCUUACUGCUGUAUAUUGGGGUUCAUUGCCUGCUCAGUAUUUCUUCAAAUGAGCUUCGAACUCAAAGUUCUCCUCCUGUCCAUUGCUGUGACUGUCUACCUCAUCAUUUUCAAUACCCUUCAGCACAAAGACAACUAUGGCAACAGUACCAGGUUUUUCAUCAAAGAGCCAAGGAUAAUGACUAAUUUAUAUCUGGUUCUGUUUUACAUAACCCUAGUUUUACUUGCAAAACAGAUUGACUAUUACUGUCGACUGGAUUGUCUGUGGAAGAAUAAGUUUAAAAAGGAACAUGAACAAUUUGAAACUAUGGAGAAUGUUAACAGGCUUUUGCUGGAAAAUGUUCUUCCAGCACAUGUUGCUGCAUAUUUCAUUGGAGAAAAACGAAAUGAGGACUGGUACCAUCAAUCCUACGACUGUGUCUGUGUCAUGUUUGCAUCAGUACCAGAUUUUAAGGUGUUUUACACUGAAUGUGAUGUCAACAAAGAAGGCUUGGAAUGCUUGAGGCUGUUAAAUGAAAUCAUUGCUGAUUUUGAUGAGCUCUUGUUAAAACCUAAAUUUAGUGGUGUUGAAAAAAUAAAAACAAUUGGAAGUACUUACAUGGCAGCAGCUGGUCUCAGUGUUACACCAGGCCAGGAGAACAACCAGGAUAGGGAAAGGCAGCACGCUCACAUUGGGAUUAUGGUGGAGUAUGGGAUUGCCCUGAUGAGCAAACUGGAUGGCAUCAACCGACAUUCCUUCAACAACUUCCGCCUCCGUGUGGGGAUCAACCAUGGCCCUGUGAUUGCUGGUGUGAUUGGUGCCCGGAAGCCUCAGUAUGACAUUUGGGGCAACACUGUUAAUGUUGCGAGCAGAAUGGAGACCACAGGGGAGCUUGGCAAGAUCCAGGUCACCGAAGAAACAAGCAAAAUACUACAGGAGCUGGGAUACUCAUGUGAAUGUAGGGGACUCAUUAAUGUCAAAGGCAAGGGAGAACUGAGGACUUACUUUGUUUGCACUGAGACAGCCAAAUUCCAAGGCAUGGGACUGAACUGAGGCUACAAUGAAGUUAAUCAAAAUAGACUUAGAUCUGCCUCCCUUCUGUGAAGACGUAGAAUUUCCCUCCUUAUGCGAAGGACUUUAUUCUAAAAACAUGUAUAUACUGUUCCUAUCUCUUCUACAUCUCAAGAUGAGAGAAUUUUUUUUUUUUAAUAAAGAAGAAUUCUGAGAAGUUCCUAGAAGAUACACAACCAUCAGUCUGAAAAAGACUACACUUUCCUGAAGUAAUUUUGAGGAUUUACCUGGAAUUGCCAUGAGGCAUUUUCAGUUAGUUGCUUUCCUUACCUGCACUGGGAGUGUUAACAGCUCCGGUGGCAACCAGUGUGGAUGCACUGUAGAACUCAUUCCCGUGUUAAAACAUUCCAUUGCCUGCUUGACACACACCUGCUUCCAGUAUUGUGUUUGUCCUGAUGUGUGUGCUGAUACUGAGGGCACUGCUGUCCUACUUUUAAUGCUGAACACACUGCACAGCACAAGACAGCUGAGUAAUGGGAAGAGGAAUGCAAGGAAGCUCAAGUGUCACAUGAUAACUGUGCUGAGCUUUUGGGAAAAAACCUGAAUUGCUCAGUGUGGGGUCACUUCACCACCCUGCCUCCUUCACUGCAGUACCUUGUGUUAUGCAAAUGUUUUCAUGACCAAGAGCUGAUCAGAAAUAACUUUAAUCUAGUUGAGUGUG